CGCGGCGCCCCGUCGCAGCGCGCGGGAGCAGGUGGGGGAGCGGUGCGGUGGCGCGCUGGAGCCCCGAGGGGCGGAGGCGGCCGCUACACCUAGGGCGCCGCGGAGCGCCCCGGGCUUGGCGCGGGCGGAGCCGCCCUAAGGGCCGCGCGUGUCCCCGGCCUCGGCCCCGCCCCGCCCCGUCCAAUGAGAGCCCGCGGCCGAAGGGGCUGUCCGCACACUAGGCCCGCAGCUCCCUUCUGCGCCGCAGACCCCCUGACAUCGCACCCGGUGCUCAGGCAGCGGGCCCCAGAUCCCGGGUUCGGCGCGCCGUCGUCGGCUUCCGGACACUACAACUUGCGCCCCUCUCUGGGACCCUGCUCCCGGGCUCUGGACCCCAGGUGACCCUAGGUCCCCAGCCGCCGGCGAACCCCAUGGCCCCCCAGGGGGGUGAGGUAGGAGCAGCGUGAGUACCCCUAGAAGGUGCCCCGUCCACGCCCCUCCGGGCUGCGCGGCGGGAGUCUUCGGGGAGCUAUGCUGAGACCGGGUGGUGCGGAGGAAGCUGCGCAGCUCCCGCUUCGGCGCGCCCGCGCCCCGGUCCCUGUGCCCUCGCCUGCGGCCCCCGACGGCUCCCGGGCUUCGGCCCGCCUAGGUCUUGCCUGCCUUCUGCUCCUGCUGCUGCUGACGCUGCCGGCCCGCGUAGACACGUCCUGGUGGUACAUUGGGGCACUGGGGGCACGAGUGAUCUGUGACAAUAUCCCUGGUUUGGUGAGCCGGCAGCGGCAGCUGUGCCAGCGUUACCCAGACAUCAUGCGUUCAGUGGGCGAGGGUGCCCGAGAGUGGAUCCGAGAGUGUCAGCACCAAUUCCGCCACCACCGCUGGAACUGUACCACCCUGGACCGGGACCACACCGUCUUUGGCCGUGUCAUGCUCAGAAGUAGCCGAGAAGCAGCUUUUGUAUAUGCCAUCUCAUCAGCAGGGGUAGUCCAUGCUAUUACUCGUGCCUGUAGCCAGGGUGAACUGAGUGUGUGCAGCUGUGACCCCUACACCCGUGGCCGACACCAUGACCAGCGUGGGGACUUUGACUGGGGUGGCUGCAGUGACAACAUCCACUAUGGUGUCCGUUUUGCCAAGGCCUUCGUGGAUGCCAAGGAGAAGAGGCUUAAGGAUGCCCGGGCCCUCAUGAACUUACAUAAUAACCGCUGUGGUCGCACGGCUGUGCGGCGGUUUCUGAAGCUGGAGUGUAAGUGCCAUGGCGUGAGUGGUUCCUGUACUCUGCGCACCUGCUGGCGUGCGCUCUCAGAUUUCCGCCGCACAGGUGAUUACCUGCGGCGGCGCUAUGAUGGGGCUGUGCAGGUGAUGGCCACGCAGGAUGGUGCCAACUUCACUGCAGCCCGCCAAGGCUAUCGCCGUGCCACCCGGACUGAUCUUGUCUACUUUGACAACUCCCCAGAUUACUGUGUCUUGGACAAGGCUGCAGGUUCCCUAGGCACUGCAGGCCGUGUCUGCAGCAAGACAUCAAAAGGAACAGACGGUUGUGAAAUCAUGUGCUGUGGCCGAGGGUAUGACACAACUCGAGUCACCCGUGUUACCCAGUGUGAGUGCAAAUUCCACUGGUGCUGUGCUGUACGGUGCAAGGAAUGCAGAAAUACUGUGGACGUCCAUACUUGCAAGGCCCCCAAGAAGGCAGAGUGGCUGGACCAGACCUGAACACAGAUACCUCACGCAUCCCUCCAAUUCAAGCCUCUCAACUCAAAAGCACAAGAUCCUUGCAUGCACACCUUCCUCCACCCUCCACCCUGGGCUGCUACAGCUUCUGUUUAAGGAUGUAGAGAGUAAUCCAUAGGGACCAUGGUGUCCUGGCUGGUUCCUUAGCCCUGGGAAGGAGUUGUCAGGGGAUAUAAGAAACUGAGCAAGCUCCCUGAUUUCCCACUCUGGAGAUUUGAAGGGAGAGUAGAAGAGAUAGAGGGUCUUUAGAGUGAAAUGAGUUGCACUAAAGUAUGUAGUUGAGGCUCCUUUUUUCUUUCCUUUGCACCAGCUUCCUGAUACUUCCUUGGUGUGCAAGAGGAAGGGUACCUGUAGAGAGCUUCUUUUUGUUUCUACCUGGCCAAAGUUAGAUGGGACAAAGAUGAAUGACAUGCCUGUUCUCUGAAGUCAGUUUGAGCAGAACUACCUGGUACCCCAAAAGAAAAUCUUAGGCUACCACAUUCUAUUAUUGAGAGCCUGAGAUGUUAGCCAUAGUGGACAAGGUUCCAUUCACAUGCUCAUAUGUUUAUAAACUGCUGUGUUUUGUAGAAGAAAAAGAAUCAUAACUAUACAAACACAUAUUCAUUCUGUCUUUUUCUCUCUACCAUUCUCAACCUAUAUUGGACAGCACUGCCUCUUUUGCUUACUUGCUGCCUGUUCAAACUGAGGUGGAAUGCAGUGGUUCCCAUGCUUAACAGAUCAUUAGAACACCCGAGAACACUCCUAGGAUAGAGUAAUAUAGUAA